GUAGAGCUCCACCUAUUACUGUACAUAACUUUACAUACGAUAAUGGAAUGAUGAUUUCCUGAACAAGACCGAUGACAAGAGGAAGUUCUCUACUUGAGACAGAGCUUUCAGCUAUGGAGCUAACGACUUUGUGUCUGUUUGUUUGUGUGAAUCUCCUGACACCAUUUUCAGUAUAUUGCUAUGGAAGCAUUUUACGGACUGAAUUUAUUCAAGCAAUGUUUGACGAGUAUGACAAUGGAAUUCCUCCAAACUUCGAGAGCAAUGAAUCUUCGACUGUGAAUGUUAGUUUAUACGUCAACAGCAUUGAUUCCAUCAGCGAGCAAUCAAUGGAUUUUACAAUCAACGCAUUUGUUGAACAAGAGUGGUGUGACCCCCGCCUGAUUUUUUACGGAAUGCUGAAUGACGAUUACUUUGAGCUUGACUCAAAGUUCAUGGUUAAAGUUUGGGUCCCUGAUCUGUAUUUUACCAAUGAGAAACGUGCCAGUUUUCAUGACGUCACUGUUCCAAACAAAAUGCUUCAUUUGUACAAAAAUGGAUGUAUCAAGUACCGUUUGAGGGUAUCUUUAACCGCAUCCUGUCCAAUGAGACUUCAUAAAUAUCCCAUGGACACCCAAACAUGCUCCCUUUACAUACAAAGUUUUGCAUACACAAGGAAAAGAAUUGAAUUUCGGUGGAAGUCCGAUGGGCCCGUAAUCACUAGCAGUGCAGUGGAGCUGCCUCAAUUUACUCUUGUAAACAUUAUAACGAACAACACUUGUGACAAAACUAACGUUGAUAGCGAUUUCACCUGCAUUCAGGUUGAUUUCAACCUAAAUCGAAACAUUGGGUUCUACAUGAUCCAGAUCUAUAUCCCAACCAUAAUGAUCGUGCUGUUAUCCUGGGUUUCCUUCUGGCUCAGUAUUGACGCUGUUCCCGCGCGCAUCUCUCUGGGCAUCCUUACAGUUCUCACCAUGACAACACAGAAAGGCUCUGCCAUUUCCUCCCUACCCAGGGUAUCCUAUGUGAAAGCAAUCGACGUUUGGAUGGCAACGUGUCUGGCGUUCGUGUUUGCUGCGCUUUUAGAGUUUGCCUUUGUAAAUGUGAUGCAAAGAAGACGCCAGAAGUUUGGGUCCUUAAAUGAUUCUGAAAUAGAUAGUAAAAUGAAUUCAAACAGACGAUUAAACAACGGGAAAAGAGCAGCAAAAAGUGUUGACAAUAUUUCAAGGGUCGUAUUCCCCAUCGUAUUUUUUGCUUUUUGUGUGAUUUAUACUUUUGUUUAUAUGAUUUAAUGUUUAUAACUAAUAUAACAGUUAUACA